AUGCUACAUGUUCUCGAACAACGUGUAAAGGUCCUUGUCCGGGAUUCCACGGCGAGCACUGGGCCCUUUUCAGUCUUCCAGGCCAGCCCUGUGAGCAUUGUGAGUGACGCUGGCGGCCAUUAUGAUGACGAUAAUGAAGAAAAUGAAGAACUCGAAAAGGCAACGCAUGAUCAAAGCGCGUUGCAUCAAAGAGAAGAAGAAGAGCGUAGUAUCAUCACCAGCAGAAAUAUUUGCAUUGACCCUGAGACCGAAAGCGGCCAUUCUACGUCUGCGUCCACAUCUGCGUCUACAUGGCAUACGAUCGCACUGCCGCGUCCCCCCAACCGGUUCUUCCCCUUCCCAUUGGAGCCUUCCCAAGACUCGGACUCAAGUCCUCUGGUGCAGGAACUCUUAUCUCACUACCUGCUCCGGAUUGCCGACAUUGGCCAGGUGAUCAACCACCCGCAAAACAUUUUUCGUUCCAUCUAUGCACGGUAUGCGAUGCAAGUGUGGACACAGCCUCUUUUCACCACCGAACCUCUACCUCGGGCCACCUUUUCCAGUCAUCAAGCCAUCUUCUGCUCUAUCAUCUCGACCGCGGCGUAUCAUCGGCGGGGUUUACGCUCGCGCAAACAUCCCCAUCGCGAGUUCUACGACCGAGUGGGUAGCGUCUAUCGGCUGCGCGCCUUGCAACAUCUGCAACAGGCAAUCGCCGAACCUUCUACACACGCCGAAGCCUAUUGUGCGAUCCUGUCGGCUAUUCUCACACUGGUGAAUUUAGAUGUCAUGGAGGGGAGCUUGACCGGGUUCUUCGCGCACCUCCACGGUUGCCAUGAGAUUCGGUAUUUGGGGAUCCUGCAGUCGCCACAAGCCGAUUCCAUGCGACCUCGCGCACGACAGCUCGAGAUCAGUUCCAUCUUCAUGGACACCAUCGCAUUGACGACGGCCAACCAUCUAGACAUCAUGUUUGGCUUUCCCGCAUACUCCAGCAAGCCGAUCCUCUUGGACACGCCCUUCACCACGACCGACAUUUUCCUGGAACACAGCUACGGCGUGACCGCGUCGGUGGCUUCCAUGGUCUACGUGACCAACAAGAUCUGGUUGUAUGCGCAAUCGCGCACCAAUUUCCAAGACCUUUCUCCUGCCGAGGUCGACGCCAGCCUCACGAGUCUGACCGAGCAGCUCGACACCUGGUCUCCGGCCUCGGAAACUUAUGCGUCCGUGGCCGUCGGUGACACGUGGACCAACUCGUUGUUGAAAUUCUUGUCGACCGCCUUUCACUGUGCCGCCCGCAUCUACUUUCUGUCGUGCUUUAGGCUAGAGUUGCAUCCCUCCCGCCGCGACCCGUCGUCCAUGCUCGCCCACUUGUCCGAGCUCACGCUCCAGGCGUUGGAGCAAUCCGACCGCGCAAGACCCCCCAAUUCAAGAGCCGGCGCUUCUGCUUCUCUCUCGUGGCCCGCUUUCGUCGCCGCGUGCGAGGCGCCCCCGACGGCGCGGCCGAGAUGGACUCGAUACUGGCAGACCCUCCUGAAGCACCAGAUUGGCACCCAGCAAGCCGCAUGGGAAACUGUGCAAGAGGUCUGGAGGAGGAGAGACAGACCCGGCAGAGGCACUCAUGUCUCCGAGACGCCCAUCUUGGCCCGCCUGGGAACCACUCAAGUCAUUGAGCCAAGUUGGGCGAGCGUCAUCAGAGACAAUGGGAUCGCAAUUAUUGCCAUGUAG